GAAAUUAUUAAUUGUUGAUGAGAUAGAGAAAACUAUUUAAUCAAUCAGUUAAUUUUGAUUGUAUUACUUGUAAUCAAAAUGUUCCCAAAUAAAUUGUUCCAAUUAUUUUGUCUUAAUACUUUGCUAUUAUUAGUGAUUAAUUGUAGCCUAAUCAGUGGUGAUCGUUACAAUCCCAAAAACAACAACCGUCGGAAUAAUCAAAAUGGCGACCAAUCUAAUAGACCUUCAGACAAUCGUAAUGUUAAACGUGGCCUGGAUGAAGAUAUGAAGCAUCCAUUGGGUAAAGAUGAUUUCGAUCGAGCGAAAAGUCUAGAUGAACGUCUUUUCGCCGUUAACGAUAAAGUCCUUUAUUCUGGUAAAUUGUUCGAAGGCGAUAUUGUUGAUGACCUUUUAUCCGGAAUUUCGCCUGAGAAAAACGCGAUCAACAAUCCGAAUUCCCAUUGGCCCAACGGUAAAGUUCCUUAUGUCAUUUCCCGUGAUUUUAAUGGUGAAGAAAGAUCGGUAAUCGCUCGAGCAAUCGAUGAUUAUCAUUCUAGAACUUGUAUUCGAUUUGAACCUUAUACUGGAUCAGAACCAAAUUACAUUCAUCUUGUUCGUGGCUCUGGCUGUUCUUCCAGAGUUGGUAUGACCGGUGGUAUGCAACAGGUCACUUUGGGUCAAGGUUGUGUUACCGUUGGUAUUGUUGAACAUGAGCUAAUGCACGCACUUGGUUUUGUCCAUGAACAAUCACGAACUGAUAGAGAUCGAUACAUUCGAGUUAAUUAUCAGAAUAUUAGAAGAGGAUUAGAACAAAAUUUCAGAAAAUAUUCCGUCGAGGAGAUAACCACUCUUAACGAACCAUAUGAUUACGGAAGUGUCCUUCAUUAUGGUUCGACAGCUUUUACCAAUGGAAAUGGACCAACAAUCGAGCCGCUCGAAGGAGGUACUGAGAUUGGUCAACGGGUUGGUUUUAGUCAGAUCGAUUUGGCAAAGAUCAAUAAACUUUACAGGUGUGGACGACAAGGUUUCCAAAAUAAUAAUGAAAGGCCAAAUUCAUCUGAUCGAAAUAGACCUGAGUCUGGAUCUUUUGGUGGUCAUCGUCCUGAUUCAUCUCAGAGGCCCAAUAGGGAGAGACCUGAACAUGGAUCACGACCUGAUUAUCGGCCUGAUUCGAGUUCUUUACAUAAACCAGAUUCUAGACCAGGAUUUGGAAGUUCGGGUUAUCCAAAUGGUUUCAUUUCUACAUCAACAUAUCGACCUUCAAUCGUAGACGGCAUUUUCGGCGGAUUCCAAUCUACUCAUCGACCAACAUACAGACCAGAUAAUCAUGGACAUCAACCUGGUAUCGGUGGUAGUGGUAAUCAUCGACCUGAUUAUGGCCACAAUCAAGGUCAUCAGAGACCCUCAUCUCGACCUGAUAUCGGUGGAUUUGGUGGAAUCGGUCGACCAUCAACAAUUGAUCCAGAAUCAGAAUAUGAAUUGGGCGGUGGGGGAAGUGGAUCAAGAUACACAACGACUCGUCGUCCAUCAGGUUUCGGAGGUUAUUCAACAACUUAUCGGCCGUAUAGAGAGACGGAGACUGAGUACAGCCAUGUAAGGCCAAGUUACACAUCAACUUAUAGACCUUACGGAUCAUCAAGGCCUGAUUAUGAAAACAAUUUCGGUAACAAUAAUCACCGACCUGGUUCAUCACCAUAUGAUAGAGAGGUAACAUCGACAUUCAGGCCAUUCGGUGGUACCAAUAUUGGAAAUUUUGGACAUGGAAUAUCAUCAAUUUUCAGUGGUCGACUUCCGGGUAGCUCAAUAAUUGACGCCAUCAGACCAGGAGGAGGUAAUGGUCCCCUUGGUGGACUAGGUGGUAAUAGAGGUUCGUCAAUCAUAUCCUCGUUUCUCCGACCAGAUCGAUUCAUUGGUCUGAUAGGUCAAGAUGAUCCGAAUAACCAAUCGACAACCAAAUCACCAAAGAAUUGAGAAAUUAAAUAUUGUCAACCAAAAAGAAGAAUAUUAAUAAU